GGCGGGCGGCGGCGGCCGGCAGCGCAGUACUCCUCGCGCAGGACCAGAGUGGUGUUCACUCGGCGGCGCGCCGCGGCGCGACAUGCCCAGCUGAUGUUUAUUUAUACCACGAGCUCGGUGGAGGGCGCGCGCGGGAGGCCCUCCCCUCCGCGGCACCACGGUUUCGCGUGAUGCAGCCGAGCGAGCUCGACGCCGCGCACGCCGCUAGCGGAAACCCCCCGCAGCGCGGCCUCAACGGUGGCCGUUUCGACUUUGAUGAUGGUGGUACUUAUUGUGGCGGCUGGGAGGACGGCAAGGCCCACGGUCAUGGUGUGUGCACCGGACCCAAGGGUCAAGGGGCCUACGCCGGAUCCUGGCAUUUUGGAUUCGAAGUUUCCGGCGUCUACACCUGGCCCAGUGGGAGUUCGUACGAGGGCCAAUGGCAGAACGGAAAGAGGCACGGGCUGGGCGUUGAGACGCGCGACCGCUGGCUGUACCGCGGCGAGUGGACGCAGGGUUACAAGGGUCGCUAUGGCGUGCGCCAGAGCACCACAAGCAACGCCAAGUACGAGGGCACCUGGGCCAACGGCCUCCAGGACGGAUACGGCUCUGAAACUUACGCCGACGGCGGAACAUACCAAGGACAAUGGAUGCGAGGAUUGCGGCACGGGUACGGCGUGCGCACGUCGGCGCCAUUCGGGCUGGCGUCGCACUACCGGGGAGGGCACCGCGACCACCGGGGCUCGCAGUCCUCGCUGGCCGAUGCGGACCCCUCCGAGCGGCGCAACAACCGCAUCGAUGACGCCCGCGGCGGGUUCGUCCUUAAGGCCAGCUCCGACGAACCCUCCGGCCGACGCGGCUCCCUCGUCGAAAAAACAAAAAGAGGACUGCUCUCUAAGCUCCGGAAACAGCAUAGUGCCGGCGAACUGGACAAACGCGGUACGGCGUCGGUGCGGUCGGGUGGCUCCGGCGGUUCCGGAUCCUCGUGGGUCUCCUCGGUAGAGAGCUCCCACUCGGCCAUGACCCAUGCCUCUCUCCAUACUAACUCUAAUGCUAGUUUCGUUGUCGAGGAUGAACAUCUGGACGCAGGCGUCACAGAAACCUAUAUGGGUGAAUGGAAGAACGACAAACGCACCGGCUUCGGUGUGAGUGAACGUAGCGACGGGCUUCGAUAUGAGGGCGAGUGGUUUGCGAAUAGAAAAUACGGAUAUGGCGUAACCACAUUUCGGGACGGAACGAAAGAAGAGGGCAAAUACAAGAACAACGUGCUCAUCACCAGUCAGAAGAGAAAACACAUGUUCCUAAUGCGUUCCGCAAAGUUCCGAGAACGCGUCGAUUCAGCGGUGAAUGCGGCACAACGCGCAUCCAAAAUAGCAUUACAAAAGGCAGACAUAGCCAUUUCAAGGACUGCCACAGCCCGAGGUAAAGCCGAACAAGCCGACGAGUCGGCGGACCAAGCUAAAGAAGACUGUGAUAUAGCGCUAACGACUGCAAAGCAGUUUGCCCCAGAUUUUAAGCAUCCCGGCCUUGACCGUAUAGGAUUAAGAGAGAAAUAUAGACAAAAACCUUACGAAGCGCAGGCUACAGUGCCAGCAGCACAAGAAUCUGAAAAGAUCUUGGACGGAAAGAGCAUUCCAAAUCAUAUCCCUCCGAUGCAUUCAUCGCUCCCUCAAGCGAACAAAAUCCCCAAUGCAAUGACAUCUCGAAGACCAUCUACGCAAUAUCCAAAGACAGUGCAAUCUGUAGAUCCCAGACUAGCUAACAGUUCUAAUUAUAAUACAGACGAAAGAAAUCUUGGUCCAACCUAUGACCCUUAUUACAAUCCUAGUCAAGACUCAUGGGCAUCGAUGAAUGCGCAACCUCAAGUUUUGGAAGCUCAAAAACCUUACUCACCCACAGAACAAAUGAACGUGUAUGGUCCAGGACCACCUGGAGGCCCACAACAACCGCCUGGAGCUUACCCAAUUAAUAGACAGAACGCCAUGCAGUAUCAACAAAGUAUGGAUCAGAGUAGUCAACAAUACUUAAAUCAGAGUAGAAGGCUUUCUGGAGCUAUCAGAUCACAGCCGAAUCAACAAGUAGCACCGUCUCAAGAUUGGAACCCUCCUCAGCGACGACAAAGUGUAUUAGCGCAACCACAACAUGAAACUCAUCAGAACACUUAUGUGGACGGUGGUACUGCUGCGUAUGGAAGAAACGAAUUCCGCACCGGAACUGUAGCUUCUGAGGGUCCUAUGAUGACCGACCCAUAUCGUCAGAAUGUAGACCCUCAAGCUUACCGCCAGCCCAUGCAUCCUCAAAGUUACCGACAAGGGCCUGAACAGCAAAUGUACAGUCAAGUGCCUCCCGAUAGCCAAGCGUACCGCCAGCAGUCCGCUGUAACUCAUGAACAAGACAUAAAUGGGGCACGAACAGUAGGUCCCCGAGCUACUUCUAUUGAUUACUUUGAUCAUUAUAAAAGACCUCCUAGCAGAGAUGGCAGUGUGGAUCGAUUUGGGCGGCGUUCCAGACAGCCGUCAGUCGAAGCAACAGCACCAAGUGGUGGUUCUCGUGCGGGCUCAGUCGCACCGCAACCUCAGAUGCCGUCAUCGCGGCCUACGUCGCGAGCAGCGACACCUGCUGGCAAUGGACAUUUAGCUUCAGGACGUGGUUCUAUAUCUCGUGCUAGCUCACGAGAUCAUCAGCCUUUCGAAGAAUCGCUACUACGAAAGAGAAAUUUAGGACAAGACAUUUCUCCAUCGCCGUACCAGCCCAAACGGACGGAGAGUCUGUUCGUAGCGCAAAACGCGGCGCCACCAGUCCCGGCACCUAUGGGCGGUGGUGGCGGAGGAGGGGGUGGCCGUAAGAUGUUGAGCACGCCACAGACACUGCAGCGCAAGAAGUCGCUGCCCGAUGUGCAGGGCAUGCCGCGCAUGCCGGACGGCGCGGGUAUGUCUCGCGAGGAAGUCUCGGCCCUCGGCUCUGCGCGCCGAGAGGAGGUGCGGCGCAUGCACGAAGAGACAGAAAAACUCAGGGCCAACCCUCUACUCUACUUGGUCAGUCCGCAAGUCAAGGACUGGUUUUCCCGGCAGCAACUGGUGAUCCUAGUGCUCUUUAUCAAUAUCUCGCUGGGCAUCAUGUUCUUCAAGCUCCUCACGUAGCGUCGGCGCGUGGCGCGCCAGCGCCUUUCUCGAUGCUAUACACACACACACACUACAUUGGUGUUAUAACUCUGAACCAAACACUCAAAAGUACUACUUGAUGUGAAAGAAUAAUAUGAAUAUUACAUUUUAUUACGACCCCUCCUCUUUUUUGAUACGAGUUACAUUUUAAUAAAUAUCCAAACAAACGUAUUUAUUUGUCGAUAAGGACUUCGGUUUGCUAGUGUACUUUUCUUUGACAUUGUGUAAGUGUGCAAAGUAUGACAAGUGCAAUACUUCCUCGAUCAACUUCAAUUUCUUAACAAAAUUGUGUGAGAGUGAAUUUUGUGUCCACGAGUUGGAAAACUUCGAGUGUAAGGAGCACGAAUUAUUGUUUUAAUUGUAAACCUGCAUAUUGUAGGUUUGUUUGCCCUUGGUAAUGUAUUUGCAAUGGUCACUGUGCCUCGUUGUGCUGCAAAGGACGACAUUAAGCUAUCAGCUGCAAGAGGCGAUGACUUACGUGGAAUAUUUAUGAAUAUUAGCAACGGCUCUGACGAAGCCGGCUAUUUCUAAAACUUUGUAAGCUGCGUCCACACGAUGCGACUGUUAACAAACAGUAGUUAGUUUUUCAACUUUAAACAUAUAGAUGUUAAAGUUAAUAUUACAUAUUGAUAGACCAUCUUGUAAUUUAAAUUAUUGAGUAAUUUAUGAAUUGAAAAAUCUUAUGAAACUCUGUUUCAAUUAAAUGGAUAAUGCUUCGUGAUUUUAAAAGCACAAAUUAUGAUAGACAACUUGUCUAUUUACUUGGAAUGUAAAUAAUGAUUAAAUUGUUAACCCUUAUACAAAUGCCUAUAGAUAUACAAUUAGAAUGUUGCUUGCUAUAACUACGUUGGAAUAGGUAAAUAAAAAGCAUGAGCUUUAUUUUCCUAUUUUGUAAAAUAGAAAUUUAAUUACGGAGUCCCGUACUGAAAGGAUGGUACACCACGUUUUUUACAAACUUUAGCUUCGUAUUAUACCUAUGACGUCAAUUCUCUCGUAACCGAAGUUUUUUGUAUAGAUAAUGGAUAUAUUUAAAUGAUAUCUAGGUGAAAUUGGCGUGGCGAGCGUGUAAUGCGACGAGACUGUUGUUACGUAUAAUACAACGAAAGUUGUGGAGAACGCGCAUUCGUUGAAGGUUGAAUAUUUUAUUGUUGCUAAGACAAUUUUCACAAUUUCA